AUGGCCUCGACCCAUGAUGACGAAAAGGGGCCACAUCCCGUCUUGCCUGCGGAUGACAGCCUCGGAGAUCGAGAUGGCGUGCCUGAUACUGAUCCUGAUCCCAACGAAGUGUUCUGGGAUGAUAACGCAGAUCCCUCAAACCCUAUGAACUGGAGCGCCACGUAUCGUUGGUGCCAUGUUGGUUUCAUUUCACUCCUAACCUUUGCCACUUCGCUAGCUUCAUCCAUGCUGGCACCUGCAGUUCAUGAUGUGAUGAGAUCUCUUGGAUCCGACAACACAAAACUAGAGUCAUUUGUCGUGUCAAUCUAUGUGAUCGGAUUCGCUAUUGGCCCACUCAUUGUAGCGCCAUUGUCAGAGUUGUAUGGUCGCGCUAUCGUCUACCAUGUGACAAAUGUGAUUUUCCUCGGGGUCACCAUUGGAUGUGCCUUGAGCAGGAAUGUGGGGAUGUUUCUGGCAUUCCGGUUCAUCUCCGGUUGUGCGGGGGUAACCCCUUUGGCUUUGGGUGGAGGUACGAUUGGCGACCUUAUGCCGCCCGAACGGAUGGGAACCGCAAUGGCUGUUUGGGGCUUAGGAUCACUAGUGGCACCUGUCUUCUCUCCCAUUGCAGGAGGCUACCUAAGCGAGGCUGUUGGCUGGAGAUGGAUCUUUUGGGUUAUUGCUAUUCCGAUGGCCAUCCUUACGAUCUUGUCCCCCUUUCUGAUCCGUGAAACAUACGCUCCCGUACUACUGGAAGCUAAAACUCGGAGACUUCGCAAGGAGACAGGCAAUCUUCAGUUGAAGUCCCGCCUGGAUCCUGGGGUCUCUCGCCAGGAAGUCAUCCUGACGGCUCUCAUUCGUCCCCCUAAGCUUCUGCUGACAUCAUUUGUGGUGACGACAAUUGCACUAUACGUGGCGGUAGUAUACGGAUAUCAAUAUCUUGUCUUUACUACGCUGGCGUACAUUUUUCAGGACAAGUAUCACUUGUCAACCGGGUCAUCUGGGCUGGUUUAUUUGGGAACUGGAAUUGGGACCAUUUUAGGAAUCUUCACCAUUGGUUUUGCGGCCGACAAAGUCACUGAACGAAACAAGAAGAGAGCAACCGACUUGGGUAAAGAUCUCCAACCAGAGGAUUAUCUGUGGCCUAUGAUUCCUUCAGGUCUAGUAGCUCCCGUUGGUCUCCUUUGGUACGGGUGGUCGCUGCAGACGAAUGCAUCCCCGAUGGUCCCAUUAGUUGGGCUGGGUGUGUUUGGCUUCGCCAUGAUGGGUAUUUUUCAGCCAGCGCAGGUCUACCUGGUGAAUUCAUUCCCAAUACAUUCCGCCUCCGCCCUGGCGGCAAUGAACAUUCUUAGAAGUCUGGCCGGAGGCUUGUUGCCCCCUCGCAGGUCAUGGGCUAUACGAUGCUCUGGGGAUGGGAUGGGGGAACAGUCUCUUGGCGUUUAUUGCAUUCGCAUUUGCUCCUGUGCCCUUUCUUCUGAUGAGAUAUGGGAGACGAAUGAGAAAGAAGGAUCGGAAUAUUAA